GACACAGUACGGAAUUGGAUGAUUUGGGGGGACUGAAGCUCCAGUGGAUGCAGUACCUACCCCUGGCCCGGCGCUGCUCUGAUAAGCUCCUUAUCGCCAAAGUGACGUAGCGUCUGAGAACACUGCAGAGCGGUACCCCUACCAAAAAUUAGUUUGCACCCGAGAAGCCGAACCGCGAGUAAACAGAUGGAUGUAUCGGAGUAAAUCGAACGAACCGUGACACCAUCGACACCUCUUCUCCAUCGAGUUCAGUCUUUUGUCCCGCCGCUCGCCGAUCUGUCAACAACGGUCACCACCCCACACUAGUCACGACACACAGUCAAUGGCUCCGUCAUCAUGAGAUCUAUGGUGCCGAUUCAACGACCGGCCGCCGUCCGGGGCAUCUCCGGCGUCGUAGGACUGGCUGGCCUCACGGCCACUGGCACUUCCACCCGACCACAACCACCUUUCCACCUCACCACUUCGCAUAGCCAGCAACGACGACGCACUUUGUUCACCUCCAACAGUCUUCUAGCACAAAAUGGCAAUGAGCCUUCGCGACCCUCUCCAUCUCCCUCUUCCACUACCACCACCCAGAAGCCCUCUCCCGCCGAAGAUGCCACGACAUCCCAACAACAGAAAUCCUCCGCCGCCCAAAAGCGCAAGCUCCCACUCAAGAACUCCCUCCACCGCGUCGCCAUCGUCGCCCAAAAGGGCGUCCCCGCCAAGUCGACUCCCGCCAGCACCGCUCCCGAACACACCACCGAGCCCGACGGCCGCUCGACCAUCUCCGCCGUUUGCGUCGCCGAGUCCUUCGACAUGGACGCCGUCGUCUCUCUUUUGACCAGCCACAACUUCUCUCUCGACCCCGACAACACAGGCUUCGACAUCCACGAAGUGGUUCAUGCCCGCGGGCUCAACCACGGGGACAUCUUCGUCUUUCCCUCGGGAACCAUCGUAACCUGGGCCCUUCCCCCUGAUGUCGUCGACACGCUCGCGACACGCUUGCUCAUACCCGCUGCCGAAUCGCCUUUUGUAGAAAACAAGGAGGAGGAAGACCUCGAGUUCACCACCGACCCGACCGAGGAACAAAGUAAAGUCUCCGGCGACGUGGUCGUCCUCGGCACGCGCCGCGAGGUUGAGGCGGGUGAUCGGCUGGACACCACCCUUGCCAAAAUCGCCUUCUCCUCGGGUCUAGCGCGCUCCACCAAACUCGCUGUGCUGGAAUCCAGCCUGACGCGCUAUCUCGAAUCGACACGGCACAUUCCCGACCAACUCUCGCAAGGUCUCAAGGCCCCCCUUAGCAGGGAACUCAUCCUCCAGAAGACCGGUGAACUGCUGAACCUCCGCAGCCAACUGAACCACUACAACGACCUAACCGACGCGUUGCCGGAUAUCUUCUGGGACAGCGAGGAAAAGCUGGAGACGUAUUACAGCAAGAUCGGCAAAGCGUUGGAUGUCGGGGUGCGGAUCAAGACGUUGAACGACAAGAUGACGUAUGCGCAGGAGGUCGUAAAGGUGGCGCAGGAGGUGCUGGACAUUUCGGAAAAGAUGUCGAGUGAGAAACACAGUACGAGGCUGGAGUGGAUCAUUAUUAUCUUGAUUGCGAUUGAGGUGGUGUUUGAGCUGAGGAGGUUAUGGAUGGAGAGAUUUGAGACGCAUGAGGAUGAUGUGUUGAGGGAGUUGAGGAGAAUUGGAGACUCCCUUGAGGCUUUGAAGGUCGAUGGUAGUAAGGCUGUAGGCUCGUCGUCGAAAUGACACAGGCAGACUGAAGAGGUAGUCUAGCCCUCGGGAAAGGAGAUACGUUAGACGGAAAGACGAUGGUCACCAAAUGAUACCCAACUCAUAUGUAUACUGCUGUAUGAAACUAGAUAAACUAGACAAAACCUAGAUAAACAAAUGUAAAACCAAUACGCUUUCAAGUCAG